AAAAAACCCUCCUUUUAUCCAACGUGUCCGCUGCGUAAUGACGUCACCAAGCCACUCCCUCUCAACGUCUACUGUCAUGGCGGCGCCCAGUGAGAGAGUCUUCCACGCGUAAAUGUGAUACUUCUAGUUUUAAAGAGGUCUACAUACAGCCAGAUUAAGGAUGCCAGCAGCACUAAACCUCAGCAAUGAGGUGGUGAAGAUGAGAGCUGAGGUGAAGCGGGUAAAAGUGCUCAUCAUUCGCAAGCUCACCCGCCAGAUCUUCGCUCUGAAGAAGAAGAAAGGGACCGAAGCCGACCUGCAAAGGAACCAGAGGAGAGCGGCGAGGUUGUUAGAGGAGAUCCGCGAGCUGAAGGCGCUCGCACCGGACCGCGUCACUAAGACGGCGCUGCAGAGCGACAUCAGCUUUGAGAAAGUGUGCCAGAAUAAAGACUCCAGCUUGUCAGAACGUGCCACAGCCCGCAUUGCCACGCACCCGGAGUUCAGCAAGAAAAUCCAGAGCAUCAAAAAUGCAGUAGAAGCUUUUAAAGCAGAGAGGACAAGCUCUGAAAAGAGGGCAAAAAAAAAAUCUAGAGACUCUGGCCAGCAAGAGAGGGAAUCAGAUCUAGAUAGCGAUGAAGAAGAGGGUUCAGAGGAGAAGGAGUAUGACGACGAUGAUGAUGAUGAUGAUGAUGAUGAUGGCUCCCAACAAAAGGUCCAGGAAGCAGAUGACAAGAAAGUAAAGGAACCAACAAAGCAAAAUAAGGAUCCAGUCACAUCAAAAGAGAGCUCCUCAGACAUCACUCCAGCUGAGGUAGUGAGGAUGAGGAAGGAGGUAAAGAAACUCCGAGUGCUGAUUAUCCGGAAUCUCACCCAGCAGAUCACCAAUCUCAAAAAGUUAAAGACUGACGAGUCUGAGCUAAAAGGGAAUGUGGAGUGUGUGGCACGGCUGCAAAAAGAAGUGCAGGUCCUGAGGACUCUUUUACCCGACCAAGUAACCGCCAGAGCCAUUGAAGGGGGCAUCGAUAUGGAGAAAGUGUUCCAGGACCCAGAGUAUAGCGCUGUAGAGAGAGCGAUUGCACGGAUAGUCACACACGAGCGCUUCGUGAAGAAGCUUCAAGACGUCCGACAAGCCGUUGAACAAGAGAAGAUAAAGGCCACAAAGCCUGGAGAAGAGAAUAAGGGCGUUAAUGCAAUGAUGAAGGUUGAUGAUAGUGAUAGUGAGGUUGAGGAGGAGGACGAGAAGGAGGAGGAGGAGGAGGGAGGGACUAGUGAUGAUUUCGAUGGAGAUGAGGAUAAGAAAGUACAAGAAAGGCAGCCAAUCUUAAAGCUAAUACCAAGGUCUGAUACUGGAAAGCCUCCAGAGAAUAUCAACCUGGCUCCGGCAAAAGAGAAAUCAAAAGCAGUAGAUCUGGAAAAAGUUGCGAGAGGUCCUGCAAUUCCAAAAUCAAGUCCCAAACCAGCUGUCAAAGCAGUCCAGAAUCUGCCAUCCAAGAGCAAACCACCAGCACCUCCGCUUAGACAGGUUUCCAGACCUGACACCAAGAAACCAGAAAACCGAAAGGAGAAAGAGGAGUCGGAUUUGUCUGAUUCAGAUGAAGAGAAAGAGUAUUUCGACGACAGCACCGAAGAACGUUUCCACAAGCAGUCUUCUUAUUCAGAGCAGAGCGACGACGACGACUUCUUCCUCGGCAAAGUGAGCAAGCUGAGGAAGAAGAAAAGCGACACUGCGCCCAGGAAGGAGAAAACGAACGACCCUAAAGAGGCUCGAGAGAAUAAGGCUUGCGAGACUCCUCAGUUCAAAGUGGAGUCCGUCUUCUGCUCCUCUCUCUCCAAAUCCGGAAUUUCCUCUCAGAAGGGUAAGCACAGUGGUCUAGAACCUCCACGAUUUUCAAAUCAGAAGCGUUCACAAGGUGAUGAGAAACCAUCGUGGCCUAAAAACCAAGGUCCUGGAAAGGGAUUUAAAAGUCAGCCACCUGGAUCCAGAGAGAGUUCAAAACCAAAAGGUCCAGGAGGAUAUAACACUGGUAAACCUGCAUUUGAGAGGAAAAAAGCAGGAACCCAUUUCCAGCAGGCCCUGCAUCCAUCGUGGGAAGCCAGCAGGAAGAGGAAAGAGCAGCAGGCUCAAAUCACAGCUUUCCAAGGGAAAAAGAUCAAAUUUGAUGAUUAACUAUUCUCAGGCUCAUUCUUUAUUUGUUAUGACAUUUACACUGAUUUUCACAGCAUGAAAUAAUUUUAUUACUCUACUUUUCAAUUUGAAGUUUAUUAAUUUCGUUAAUGUUGACAUGUUAGGAUGGUUUAAAGCCUUGGCUGUGGAUGUAAAUCCUGAAUAAAAUGUAAAUAUUUGUUUUCA